GUGUUAAAUCAGCAAAUGUGGUACUGGGACACCACAAUCAAAGUAUUUUUUGGUAGUCAGAGUAGCUCAGUGAUACACCAGUGAUUCCUAAAAACAUUGAUUCAAUUUGAUACCCUUUUUUUUGUUGUUGCAAGAUUUGCACUGCCAUAGCCUUGGGUUUAUCCAAUUAUUUUUCGAAAGUCAGCAUAAUUCGCGAGCGGCAAGGAGGAGGAGCAGAGAAGACGCUCGCUCUUGCUUCGCCGAGUUGCGCCAGAACAGUAGCCGUAAGCCUGCGAUUUACCUCUCAUUCAAUUCUCAAGCGACUUUACUCAUGGAAAAAUACAGGGACGUUGGUCUAAAUCCACUGUUUAUCAGAACAUGAGACAAGAGGGGAGAUAACAAUCAGAGGUGUGAGUUUAUGCACCCUUCUCAUUUUGAUAUGCUUUCGCCGGAGACCUUUUUAAGGAUUUCGGGAUGACUUCAAACUUCACUUUGCCGAGACCCCUGCGGAGAUCGGGAAGCCUUCCGUCCUCGAGAACUGUCAGGAUAGUGGUUUUAGGACAAGGCGCAGUUGGGAAAACGGCCAUGACUGUGCGGUUCAUCACAAAACGAUUUAUUGGGGAAUAUGAUCCAACGCUUGAAACCAUUUAUAGACAUGAAGCCUCCAUUAAUGGCGAUGUUGUGCACUUUGAAAUCUUGGACACAGCGGGCCAGGAAGAAGACACUUUACUGCUUGAAGAAAAGAUUAAGUGGGGUGAUGGCUUUCUUAUCGUCUACUCUGUGACGGAUAGGUGCAGCUUUGAUGAAGUGAUGAGGCUCUGUUUCCUGGUCAACCAUAUUAAUUCAGGCUCUCGGAAAGCGGUUAGCGAGCCUCUGCCAAUACUCAUUGUUGCCAACAAGAAGGACCUGGAGUUUGACAGGAUGGUGACCACGGAGGAUGGAGAGAAGCUCUCCGGGGGACUGAAACUUCCUUUCUUUGAAAUAUCAGCCAGGGACAGCUGUGAAGAGACAGCGGCUGUCUUCCACACUCUUUAUGGGGAAAUUAUGAAGCAGCUCAGCUCCUCUCCCACUUCCUUCAGGCGGCGGGCCGUGUCCAAACUGAUGGACAAGAUUCCCAGAAUUCAUUCCAAUUCCACACUGGGAUCCACUGGCAGGAGCUUCAGUUUGAGCUCUUUUAGAGACCUCCUACCAGACUGACAGCUUUAUUGUCCAGGGUUCUGAAUUCUCCAGAUGCUCUCUGUUGGUUCUGACCCUCACAAGCUAGAGUACAGAUUCGUGUGGCCCAGUUUUCCCAUGGGAGGAAACUGAAGUCCGGCUGCCCAUGAAGUUCACUUUUCCCACAGUUUACCCAAAGCAAAGCAAAGUGAAAUAUUUGUUUUUAUAGUAAGCAAAAUAGGACAUUCCAUAAUGCAAAACAUUCAUAAACAAUGAUUAGAGUCCAUAAUGAGAACUUUCAAGAUGUUAUUGUUCUACUAUGUUUUUUUUCACAAUUUGUAGCUUAGAGCCCGACUCAGAGAAAUAGAAUUACUCAAACACAACACAUAUGUUGCUUCUGAUUUAUAAUCGUCAAUAGCAUUUCCACCAUAUGUUUUAUAGUUAGAUUCCACAUUACUCUUGGUAUAUAAAAACAACAUUAAUCCAUGUCUUCUAGUCACUUGUUAUUUGCAUGAGUUAAAAAGAGAAGUUCUUUUAGCCCAGUCAAUGUACCUGUACAUAUGUUUACAAAUGGUAACUGCCUUGAGUUUUAGAAAAAAAAAAUACUAUCGCGCUGCAGUCUUUUGGGUACAUAUUUUAAAAUAUAAUGGCAGUAAAAGAAUCAAAGUCAAAUUGUCAAAGGCCAUGCCAAAGUUACCAGUUUAAAUCUGAAAUCUAUGUAAAGAAUAAAGACAAAAACUUAUCACACUA